UCAAUGGCCUCUAUCGAUCUAUUGAUUCAACUCCCAAUCCCUUACUUCAGUAGAUCGGAUCUCUUCGAAACCCCAAUACGUCAACCAUGUCGUCGACCUUCAGCGGCGAUGAAACGGCGCCCUUCUUCGGCUUUCUCGGCGCUGCUGCAGCUCUCGUAUUCUCCUGUAUGGGCGCGGCUUAUGGGACGGCUAAGAGUGGUGUUGGUGUGGCGUCAAUGGGUGUGAUGAGGCCGGAGCUUGUGAUGAAGUCCAUCGUGCCUGUGGUCAUGGCUGGUGUUUUGGGUAUUUAUGGUUUAAUUAUUGCUGUAAUUAUUAGUACAGGUAUUAACCCUAAGGCCAAGUCCUACUACUUGUUCGAUGGCUAUGCUCACUUAUCUUCUGGACUCGCUUGUGGUCUCGCCGGCCUUGCCGCUGGUAUGGCCAUCGGAAUCGUCGGAGAUGCUGGUGUUAGGGCCAACGCUCAACAACCCAAGCUCUUUGUCGGGAUGAUUCUUAUUCUUAUUUUCGCCGAGGCUUUGGCUCUGUAUGGCCUCAUCGUUGGUAUCAUCCUUUCCUCCCGCGCCGGCCAGUCUAGAGCAGACUAGAAUGGCAGUUGGCUGCAGCACUGUUUUGGGUCCCUUCCAGCCAGGAUUUGCAAGUCAUGUUUGGAAAUUGCUCGGAGAGAAUGAUAGCCCGGAUGAUGUUUGUGGGGUUAGAUUGUGAAAGGGAAGCAUUUUCCAUGAAUAAAGCUUCUGAUAUUUUAUUGAUUCAGGACAACCAUUUGGACUCUUGCCUGUAUUGUUUUGUUGAACCACGAAUUUACGUUGAGCUACAUAUAUGGCGACUUUGCCUGUUUAUAUAUUUUUUUCGACUUGCUAGCAA